CGAUCCACUCCAGAAUAGCGCGCGGCGGAGGAGCAGCGGGCACACGGAUCCGUUGGAGCUCCUUCCGUCCUUCUCCCCUCCGGUUCCUCCGCUCCAUGUUCGUGUCUGUUCAUGCCUCUCGGUCCUCGGUAGAACAGCCCGGCGGGAGGCGGGAUCGGCGGCGGGAUGUCGGCGCUAAAGGAGCGGCAGAGCUACGGACUGUCCAGCGGUAAACUGAGCGGUGGCGGUAACGUCUCGGUUUUUCAUGUCAAACUCACUGACAGCGCGGCAAGAGCCAUUGAUGGCUUUCACAACGCCAAGGGCUCGUCUUCCCAUCCCACCAUCUGUUUUAGUGGCAAUAAAGGGCAAAUCACCAUCCCGUGUUCGGAGAACAGAGAUGAAGUGAGGAUUUUCACCUUUGGCGUGACUAACGUUGCCCGUGACAAUCCACAUGGAAGCUUUGAUUGUGUCAAACAGCUCAGCACUGGUGCUGCCGAGGAGCUGUCGUGUCUCGGGGUGAUUCAGAAGAAGAUGACGGUGAACGCUACAGAUGACUCGUACGAUAAAGCUCGUCAGAGCAUGGCCCAAGCUGAGGAGGAGACACGCAGCCGAGGGGCCAUUGUCAUCAAACAUGGAGGGCGUUUCCAGGGCAAGAAGGUGACGGUGCGAGCCCCACCCCCUGCUCUGGCCAGCCUGACCAAGCCCAAACCCUCGUGCCAGUCCCUUCUCAGCAGCAUUAAGAGGGGGGUCGGCCCGUCCAAGCUGAAGAAAGGUGCCUGUGCGUCGAACAGGAAGAGCGUGGGUGACGUGCAGGAAAGACCCCUCAGGGAGAGAGUAACUCACCUGCUGGCUCUGAGGCCGUACAAGAGGCCUGAGCUGAUCUUGAGGCUGCAGAGAGAUAAACUGACAGCAGGAGACAAAGAUGUGCUGGACUCGGUUCUGACAGAGGUCGGCCAGCUCAAUAGCAGAGACAACACAUUUGUUCUGAAGGACAGUCUGUACAAGGAGCUGCAGAAGGACUGGCCCGGCUACACCUCAGGGGACCAGCAGCUCCUUAAACGCAUUCUCGUCAGGAGACUGUUUCAACCACAGCAGAACCUCCUCACUGUCCCCGAGGCCCAGGUCAGCCCGCUUCGAGACACCCCCAACUCCUCGCCAGCCCACCGUCCAAAACACUCCCUGCCAGAGGAAUACACUGACCCUCUGGCCAGUAAGAAGCCCAGAAUAUCCCACUUGUCGAGCAAAACGGUCAACGACAAGUCGAAGCCGAAGCCGUCUGCACAAACCGCUUAUAAAGACUCAAAAGUGACGGCAGACAAUGGACAAAGGCAAUCGCUGGAUCCUAAAAAACUUUUUGACUCCCUUUCGGUAGUCUGUAAGCAGGAAGCAGAGGUGGCUAAAAGGUUCGAGCCAACUUGUGCCAUUCAGCUGAAGACUGAAGCCAGAAAUGAUUCCCCUCAACUGAACUGUGAUCGCUCCCCGUCCCCUAUGAUAGUGCCCGAUCUCAGUAAACACGCUAUCAAAAAGAAAAAGAGCAAACACAAACACAAAGACCACGAGAAGGACAGAUGGAGAGACAGGAAAGACAGAAGAAAAGAUCGCAGUUCAGAGGAUCCAAACAAAGUCUCCCCAGAUUGUAAAGAGCCAAGUGACAUUUUAUUUGACUCUAAAGUGCUUCAAGUUGACAACGACACAGCAGAUUAUCUAUCAAAGUACACAGCGAUUUGCAGCCCUGACCAGAGGCAGAGCUACAAACAGGACUUUAACAAGGAGUACAGCGAGUACCGAGAUCUGCACGCUCACAUCGACAUCGUGACGCGGCAGUUCAUGGAGCUGGACACGCAGCUCAAACAGCUUCACCGCGAGUCCCAUAAGUACAAGACGGUUCGUAAUCAAAUUCUUCAAGAGUAUCGCAAAAUUAAGAAGUCCAACCCCAACUACAACCAGGACAAAGUUCGCUGUGAAUAUCUACACAACAAACUGGCCCACAUCAAGAAGCUCAUAUCAGAGUACGACCAGCAGCAGCUCAGUGUGGACCAUUCCUGCCCCAACUGAAGAGCCUCACCGGGAGACGAGUGAACUUAUCGAGUACAAAAAAACAUCCUGAGGCAAGAAAAGGAUCACGCUGCUGAGCUGAAUGCCAUCGAGCUGGAGUCUAUGGCUGAACGCAGUCCCACGAGCCCUGCUGUAAAUGUCAGCAAGGUUGGGAGACAUUUGUGGAGGCCAGCUGUGCAACAGUAAGGGUGGACAGAAAGGUAGCCCUUUAAUAUGAGAUCUUUUCUUUGAAACUGGUUUGACCGAAGGGCUACGACUAUAGCAACAUGACACGGGCACAGGGAGUAACAAUAGCUUUUUGCAAAAGUCUUUAAACUCUUACUUUUAAACUGCAAAUGGAUGUGGAGACGAGGUGCUAAGCCUAAAAACAAUCAUUUGUAGAUUCCCAUUCUCAUCACACAUUUUAGUUUCUUUGUGACUUAAAUCAAUUUGAAUAUUUGCUUAUGUGUUCUGUUGGCCAUGUCAGUGUUCAUGUUUUACGCUGGAAGCAUGAGAAAACUGUAUGCUGUACAUACUCAGACAGCUCAUGUGUGGUCAGGUGAGAGUUACUUCUGAUGGAAGCUGGGAUGCAGAUGUGUCCUGAGGAGACAUCUGUCCAUAAGUAUUUUGCACAGAAGAUCAGUGUUUGUUUGGCCGUCAAUUCGGGAGUAAUGAGUCCUGAGUUUAGUCAUUGCCUCCAAUGGUUCCUUAUUCUGGACUGGGUUUCAUAGUAUUUGACUGGUUUUAUCUUUCAGGUGGUUUUCCAGGGUCACACCGGACUGUUAGGUUGAUCACAAUGUGAACUUAAAAGAUGUAUUCAGGGAAUGUACAGUAUGAGCUUUGAUCAAAGUGUAAAUUGAAACAGGUUUUCAUUAUCAGGUGGAGCAAAGUUGUGGGAUUAUUGUUACUGUAGGAUGAGAUGGUAUAGAAUUGAGAAAUUAAAGAGGUUUUGUGGCAUGCUGUGUACUUUACAGAAAGCAUGAUGAAUAAAUCAAGAGAUUUUGUCUGAGUUUCAAAUAAAUUCAUUUGUAUUUAC